GCACCAAUCAAAAACGCCGAGGGAAAAAGAAUUGAAACAAAACCGCCAUCUUUCUCAUUGCUGUAAUUGAAGGAAUUUAAUAUUUAUUGAACCGUAAAUAUGGAUCGCACAACCAUCGCGCCCAGGAAGGCCGAGGAAAAGGAGCAGAGCGAGAAGCUGCACAGGAAGUUGCAAGGACUGGCCCUGGUGCAUCCUAUGCCGGAUGAGUUGCGAAAACUGAUCGCCUGGGACAUGUUUCUCAAACCCAACCAGGUGGCCUUUGUCCACGUGAUGCACUACCUCUUCCGCAUGCUGGAUCCGGCCGAAUUUAAGCGCCGUUUCUUUUGGCCCAUUACGGACAAGAAGUCGGAGGCCAACUUCCGAUCAAGCACAGUGGAGUACCUGAAGCAUCUCAAUGAGAAACACCAGCUGCACUGGGCCAACAUCACAUCCUAUCUGGUGGUCAUGCCCGGUGGCCUAAGGUUCAUCAACUUCAUGCUGGAAUUCGUGAGCUUUGUCAUCCAGGAGCUGAUCAAACAGCGCAAACAGGACGCUGGAACACCGGAUGUAAGUGCCAAGGUCAUGUCCCGACAAAAUGCCGUGAUGAAGGAGUAUGCCUCAGCGUACAUUGUCAAUCUGGAGGAGAAUACUGCCCUGCUGCGCCACAAAACCCAGAAGAUCAAUCACCUAAUGGCCAAUCUAUCUGCGGACAUGGGAGUGCCCGUGGAGCAACUGGUGGACGAUAACUUUUUGGACAUAUUCGAAGCCCACGUCUCAUCAGGCGUCGAGCGAAUGUUCACUCAGCCCGCCGAAAGGAAAUUAGAUCUGGAGGAAUCGCUGUGCGGCCUCAAAGAGGUCAUAGACCUGUUCCAGUCCAAGCAGGCGGAGCACAAUCAAAACAAGGAGGCCGUGGACAAGGCCCUGCGGGGCAUGCGAGUGUUACUCGACAGCGAUCCAAUCACAGAAGAUGGUUUCUUGGACCAGUUGGGCGGUUCAAAGUUGGAAGCCCUCGUAGACGCCUUCAAUCACGUGAGCGGCACAAUUGCGGAGCAGCUGGAUGCCAACGACCACUACAAUGAGUCCACAGCGUUCGUCACCACUGAUUUGCGGGCCAUGCGCGACGAACUGACUCAAUCCGAAGUCCAGCUCAAGGAUUUGCUUAAGAAACUGCAUGAGCCGUCCAAGAAAGAAAAGGGAAGUGCCAACGGAAGUGCCUCCGCCCAAGGACAGCUAAGUGAGCCGGCCACGCCUCGCUUUGAAUCUCUUAUCACCUCCAAGUUUGUGUCCACUCCUCCCAUUAAGAUCGAUUUGGCGGGCGGCAGUGGCCGCAACGCGCCAGUGCGUCUUGCCCUCCAGGACGACUUUAAUGGCAAACAGCUUGAUGCUUUAAGCAACAGUUUACUUGCACCUGCUCCGCCACGAUCGGCGCGCAAGCUAAAAAUCAUUGACCAGUCGGCGGGAGCUGAUCUCAAUGGCACCUUAAACCGAUCCAAGAUCAACGAUCCCAUGCAAAUGUUGCGCACCAUCCACAAGAACACGUCCAAGGUCAAGACUUCGGCGCCGCAGCCGAAUCUUUCUGCUCUGGGCAGCAAGUGGAAGGAAAUGCAGGCCUCUUUCGGUUUCGAUGAGGCACCAGUGCCGGGAACAAAUGUGAUUUCCCCGCUGGCUUCACCGGCCGAUCCCAGUGAUCCUUUCACGCCCUUAAGCGUCAGCGAUUGCACACGCAUCGAACGUAUUCCACGUAAUUCCGAAAACAACAGCUCGCAGGUCGCCAUGAACGCUGCGGUGAUGAAGGUUAUGGAGGUCUCUCGGAAUGUCCUUAACCUUAGCACCUCGCCAUCCGGACGGUUGGACGCCUUGGUACCUUCCACCGACACCCACCAGGGGGAUACGCCUAGACUUCAGCUCAACGACAGAACCAUCAAUGACUCACUGUUCUUGAAUACGGAAAACAACCGAAAUGCACUAAACGUCUCGCAUAAGUUCGAUUUCGAUCAGAUCGGAGGUGAUGAUGAUGACCUGCAAAACAUCAGCGAUAGUGUGCUUAAAGAUAUUAUCUUCUAGUCGAAGACAAACAAAGAUCGCUAAAAUUGGUAAAAUAAAAUAUAUUAUUUUAUAUUGCGGCUUCUCCGCUAAAUAUCCCCUUGCAAAAUCUGAAUUUUUGAGAUAAAUAGCUAAGCACCGAAUAAAAUUUGAAAAAUUUUCUUCACAACAUCA